CGACAAAGGGACUGAUUCCUUCUUCUCUCACAAACCCACUCCCCUUCGUCUUCCUUCCAGCUUGCGCCACCAGCACUCCCCACUGUGUCACUGUCUCUCGCAAUCUCGCAGUCCACAUCGCGCGCACAGCUUGCAGACAAGUGAGAGGCUGAGAGCCAUCCCGGCAAGGGCAACGCCCAUGGCUGAGUCGCUGCUCCUCCCUGUGGUGCGCGGCGUUGUCGGCAAGGCCGCCGACGCGCUCGUUCAGAAGGUCACCCGCAUGUGGGGCGUCGACGGCGACCGCCGAGACCUGGAGCUCAAGCUGCUGUACGUGCAGUCCCUGCUGGCCGACGCCGAGGUGAAGGCCGAGGCGGAGACCGAGGCCGGCCGCGCCGUCAAGGUGUGGAUGAAGGAGCUCAGGGCCGCCGCGUACCAGGCUGACGACGUCCUCGACGACUUCCAGUACGAGGCGCUGCGCCGCGAGGCCCUGAGCCUUCGGUCGGCAACGAGCAAGGUACUUGACUACUUCACCUCCAGGAAUCCACUGGUGUUCCGUCAUAAAGCGAGCAGGGACCUCAAGAACGUCCUGGACAAGAUCCACAAGCUGGUGGAGGAUAUGAAGAAAUUUGGUCUGCUGCAGAGGGAGCCAGUGGCGACACAGCAAGCUCUGUAUCGGCAGACACACUCUGCACUUGAUGAGUCUGCAGAUAUAUUUGGAAGAGACAACGACAAGGAAGUCGUGGUGAAGCUGUUACUGGACCAGCAAGAUCAGAGGAAUGUGCAGGUUCUGCCCAUCAUUGGAAUGGGAAGUUUGGGCAAGACCACACUGGCUAAGAUGGUGUUCAAUGACCACAAAGUUCAGAAGCACUUUGAGUUGAAGAUGUGGCACUGUGUCUCAGACAACAUUGAAACUACUGCUGUUGUGAGAUCCAUCAUAGAACUGGCUACAAAUGCAAGAUGUGACCUGCCUGACACCAUAGAACUGUUGAGAGGGAAGCUGCAGGAAGUUGUUGGCCGGAAAAGGUUCCUACUUGUUCUUGACGAUGUGUGGAAUGAAGAGCAACAGAAGUGGGAGGACCACCUGAAGCCACUGUUAUGUUCUUCUAAUGCUGGAUUGGGAAGCAUGAUAGUUGUCACAAGUCGGAGCCAAAAGGUUGCCUCUAUAAUGGGCACCCUCUCGCCCCAUGAAUUAUCGUGCCUUAAUGAUGAUGAUUCAUGGGAGUUGUUCUCAAAGAGAGCAUUUAGUAAAGGUGUGCAAAAGCAAGCAGAGUUUAUUCAGAUCGGUAAAUUUAUUGUUAACAGAUGCAAGGGACUACCUCUUGCUUUGAAGACAAUGGGUGGCUUGAUGAGUUCCAAACAUCAAACCAAGGAAUGGGAGGCCAUCGCAAAGGAUGAAAGGGUUGGCAAAGAUGAAGUACUGUCCAUUCUAAAAUUGAGCUACAUGCACUUGUCAUCCGAAAUGAAGCAAUGCUUUGCCUUUUGUGCAGUAUUCCCUAAGGACUAUGGGAUGGAUAAGGAUAAGUUAAUCCAACUAUGGAUGGCAAACAAUUUUAUUCAUGCAGAGGGAACAACACAUUUGGUGCAGAAAGGUGAAUUUAUAUUCAACGAGUUGGUGUGGAGGUCAUUUAUUCAAGAUGUGAAUGUGGAGAUAUUUGAUGAAUAUAAUUUCGCUCCACCCAAGAAAAUUAUAUGUAAAAUGCAUGAUUUAAUGCAUGACUUAGCACAAGAGACAACAGAUGAGUGUGCUGUUGAAGCAGAGUUGAUUCCGCAGAAAACUUUUAUAAACAAUGUACGUCACAUCCAGUUGCCAUGGUCUAAUCCGAAACAAAAUAUCACCAGAUUGAUGGAAAACUCAUCUCCUAUCCGCACUUUAUUAACUCAGUCAGAACCCCUGAGUAAAUCAGAUUUGAAGGCACUUAAGAAGUUAAAACUAACAUCAUUAAGAGCACUAUGUUGGGGAAACCGAUCUGUUAUCCAUAUAAAACUCAUAGAUACAGCACAUUUAAGAUAUCUUGAUCUUUCUAGGUCAGGAGUUGUUAGAUUGCCGACUUCAGUUUGUAUGUUGUAUAAUUUGCAAUCAUUGAUUCUCAAUCAUUGUCGGGAGCUAGAGAUUUUACCGGAAGGCAUGCAAACUAUGAGCAAGCUCACCCACAUUUGUCUAAUGGGAUGUGAUAGAUUGAAGCGGAUGCCUCCAAAACUUAGUCUGCUACACAACCUCUGCACACUUACGAAAUUUAUUGUGGACUAUAGAGAUGGCUUUGGUAUUGAGGAGCUCAAAGACCUGAGACAGCUUGGAUAUAGGUUGGAACUGUUCAACUUAAGGAAAGUAAAGAGUGGGUCAAAGGUCAAUCUCCAUGAGAAAAAGAACCUAACUGAACUGGUUUUGAAUUGGGGCCCUAACAGAAUAUACAUUCCCAAUCCAUUGCAUGAUGAGGUCAUCAAUAAUAAUGAGGAAGAAGUACUUGAAUCUCUUGUUCCUCAUGCUGAGCUCAAAACAUUGGGUCUACAAGAGUAUCCUGGCCUAUCCAUCUCGCAAUGGAUGAGAAAUCCACAAAUGUUCCAGUGUUUAAGAGAACUAUAUAUUUCUAACUGCCCAAGAUGUAAGGAUCUGCCAUUAGUGUGGUUGUCGUCCUCUCUUGAGAAAUUGUGUUUACGCCGCAUGGACAGCCUGUCUGCAUUAUGUAAGAACAUUGACAUGGAAGCUACACGGCAUAAUUCCUCUCUAGCAAUUUUUCCAAAGUUAAAGACGAUGUGGUUGGUGGGAUUGCCGGAGUUGGAGAGAUGGGCAGAAAAUAGUGCAGGAGAGCCAAAUAGCUUGGUGGUGUUUCCCCAGCUGGAAGAGCUGAACAUCUAUGACUGUAACAAAAUUGCAACUCUUCCAGAAAGCCCUGCUCUCACUUCUCUACAUUGUGUCAGUAAGCCUGUAGAAGGUCUUGUUCCUAUGAGCAUCCCUUUGGGAUCUUCUCCAUCUCUUGUCCGCUUGUACAUUGGGAUGCAGGUAGACAUGGUGCUACCUGCAAAGGAUCAUGAAAACCAAAGCCAAAGACCUCUGCUAGACUCCCUGAGAAGUUUGUGUGUAUGGAAUGACAAUGGCUUCAUAUCAGUGUUCAACUCAUCCAAAUUGCAACUUGGGCUUGGGGAUUGCCUGGCCUUCGUGGAAGAUUUGAAAAUCUGGUCAUGCAACAAUAUUUUGCACUGGCCAGUAGAGGAGUUCAGAUGCUUGGUUAGCCUUCGAUCUCUGGAUAUUGCAUUCUGCAACAAACUGGAGGGGAAGGGCUCAUCAUCCGAGGAAAUCCUUCCUCUGCCCCAGUUGGAAAGGUUAGUAAUAAAUGAAUGUGCUAGUUUGCUGGAGAUUCCGAAACUGCCCACUUCACUUGGGAAACUAAGGAUUGAUUUGUGCGGAAGUUUGGUGGCGCUGCCUUCAAACCUUGGAGGUCUGCCAAAGUUGAGCCAUCUCAGCCUGGGGUGCUGCAAUGAACUGAAAGCGCUGCCUGGCGGGAUGGAUGGCCUCACUUCUCUUGAGCGAUUGAAGAUCAGUUUUUGUCCUGGGAUAGAUAAAUUUCCGCAGGUUCUCCUCCAGCGGCUCCCGGCCCUCAGAUCCCUGGACAUAAGGGGCUGCCCCGACCUGCAGAGAUGUUGCGGGGAAGGUGGGGAGUACUUCGACUUUGUCUCUCCAAUUCCAGAGAAAAGGAUACCCGCAGCAACAGAACCCCAAAUGAAGAAUUACGUGAAGCGGUUCCUUCCCUUGUGCGGUGGUGGUUCUCAGAGUAAUUGAGUGCAGGUGUACUGAUUUGCAUGCAACCAGGAUUUCGAUGACAGAACAAGCGGCAAAGAUAUCACUGCAAUCGCACCUUCAGUAAAACAAAGUCUCCCUACCACUUCCAGUGCGGUCGACUCAACUACUGCAUUGAUUUGCACCCGGCAUUCUAAGCUCAGACCUGCAGAUAACAGGCUGUCCUUGGCCGUUGUUCACAGCAAGCACGCCGACUCUGAAUCUCUGAUGGCACCGGGUGCUGUAUGCGCCAAAAUACCCAUACAGGCACACCUCCGCGGUGCAUGCAAAACAGCAGGUGUAGCUUCCUAGCUCUUAUCUGUCCUCUUUUUUUUUAGCAUAUUAUCUGUCCAUGACGGUGAACCUCGGCCUCGAGUAGCUGACGAUUGUAUUUAUCACCAAAGAAGGAAAAUCGUAUUAAACAGAUUUGUUUUGUUUUGAUUUUCUGGAGCGAGGUGCAUAUUGCAGUAUACUUGCAUUUUUUUAGAUAAAUUUGUUAGUGACUAUUACUCCGUGUGUAAAAAAUGUUGGACAUUGAGCAGGAAUUGCUUGUUGAUCUACUCCAGCUGUUCACCAUCA